AUGGAUGACUCUCAUGGUAGGCGAGAUGCCGAAGCGGCGGUCGCGUCCGAUGCGAAUAGUCUUGCUGGUUCUGGGGACUCGGCUCUGCUAGCGAAAAUGGGGUAUAAGCAAGAAUUGAAGAGGCAAUAUACUACGCCUCAAGUUUUUGCAAUUGCGUUUAGUAUUAUGGGUCUGGUACCCUCGAUCGCGUCGACUCUUUCGUUCUCUUUACCUGCUGGCCCGGUCGGUAUGGUCUGGGGGUGGUUUACUGCUAGCAUAUUCAUUUUUAUCGUUGGACUUGCGAUGUCUGAUCUUGCUUCUGCCAUGCCAACAGCGGGAGGCCUGUACUGGUGGACGCACUACUUUGCAGGCCCAAAAUGGAAAAAUCCAUUGAGCUUCUUGAUCGGAUAUAGUAACACUCUUGGUCUCAUCGGUGGAAUCUGCUCAGUGGAUUAUACCCUCGCGCUCAUGAUAAUCUCAUGCAUCAAUAUCUCCCGUGAGGAUAUAUGGUCACCCUCACGUGGUGAGAUCUAUGCUAUCUAUAUUGCUCUUAUUCUCAUACACGGAUGUUCCGGGGCUCUGACUGGUCGUGUCAUGCCUACAAUCCAGACAUUCUGCAUCUUUAUCAAUGUCGCUCUGGUGAUUGCGACUGUGAUCGCAUUGCCAACGACAUGGCCUACUGGGUGGGCAUUCAUGCUUUCUUGGUUAGCUCCUAUUUGGUCUAUCGGGUCGUUCGACUCAUGUGUACACAUGAGUGAGGAGGCUUUACAUGCUGCGAAGGCUGUCCCCUUGGGAAUCAUGUUCUCUGCUGGCUCGGCCUGUGUGCUUGGAUUCUUAGUUCUGGCUGUUAUGGCUGCCACGAUGAAACAGGAUGUGACACAGACGAUCAAUAGUAAAUUUGGGCAGCCUAUGGCACAGAUAUACUAUGAUGCGUUGGGAAAACAUGGAGCUCUGGGUUUCAUGAUCGUUCUCUGCAUAAUACAGUAUCUUAUUGGUCUUAGUCUGAUCGUCGCCGCCUCACGUCAAGCAUGGGCUUUCUCCCGUGACGGGGCCCUCCCUUUCUCGACCUUCUUCAGACAUGUUAGCAAGCGCAUUCAGUACCAGCCUGUUCGCAUGAUCUGUGGAUUAGUGAUCGUAUCCCUCCUCCUCGGUCUACUUUGUUUGAUUAACAGUGCAGCCACAAACGCGCUUUUCUCUCUCUUCGUCGCGAGUAACUAUUUAUCGUGGGGUACGCCUAUUUUUUGUCGUCUUGUCUGGGGUCAAGAUCGUUUCCGACCGGGCGAGUUUUAUACUGGACGGUUUAGCAAGCCAAUUGCAUGGAUUGCUGUUGUUUAUCUUCUGUUCGGAGUUGUCUUGUCCAUGUUCCCCACGAGCGGGCCUAAUCCAGCUCCUGCCGGUAUGAAUUAUACAGUUGUUAUUAAUGGCUUCGUUUGGAUCGGGUGUAUGGUUUAUUAUUUCCUCUUUGCUCGACAUUGGUUUACCGGGCCUAGGAUGACAGUCCAAGAGGGAGAUUCAACUGGCUCUGAUAAUUCAAUUCCUCCCUCAGUCUCCCUGCAACAGGAAUCUCCAGCUACCAUGAAGGAGGAAUGA